AUGGCGUCUCCUGCUUUGACUGGUAGACCUGCUAGAUGGCAGAUGUUGUUGUCCGAAUUUGAUAUUAUCUAUGUGAGCCAAAAGGUAAUAAAAGGGAGUGUCAUAGCCAACUUUCUUGCAAGUCGUUCCUCGGAAGAUUAUGAGUCUUUAAACUUCAAUUUCCCGAAAAGGAAUUGUGGCAGUAUUAAUUUCCCCAGAAGAGAUCUACUAUCCUUUCACAAGUAUAUUGGAAUUCUUUUGCACCAACAACAUGGUCGAAUACGAAGCAUGCAUCAUGAGGUUAAAAGCAUCAAAAUGCUUAAAGUAUAUGGAGAUUCCUCAUUAGUCAUGUAUCAACUAAGAGGAGAAUGGGAUACAAAGGAACCAAAGCUAAUUGGAUACCAGAACUUGGUCCUCGAGCUAUUGAAAGAAUUUGAGGAUGUCACAUUCAAGUAUCUCCCCCGAGAAAACAAUCAAAUGGAUGAUGCUUUGGCUACAUUGGCUGCGAUGUUUAAAGCUAAUAAGAAUACAGACAUGAUGCCAAUAAGGAUGCAAGUAUAA